CACGGUCGCAGCCUGAAAACUCCGACACGGAGCGGUGGGCGGGAAAGGGAGAAAAGAGGGCGGGAAAGCCCACCGAUUUUGCUAGGGUUCGCGGCUUCCGCUCCUCACUCCAUAGUCCAUACUGCUCACCGCCACCGCCACCAGCCGUCCCGCGCCACGAGAGGAGGGAGGGACGAUGGCGCGGAAGCGGACGAAGGAAGCCGAACCCCAGCCGGCGGCGGCCGCGCAAGAGGAGCCCGCUCCGGCACCGGCGGCGCCGGCGGCCGCGAUGACCGAGGCGGAGGUGGAGGAGCUGCCCAAGGCCAUCGUGCGCCGCCUGGUCAAGGACAAGCUCGCCCACAUCGCCGGCGGCGGGGAAGGAGCGGAGGUCAUCGUCAACAAGGACGCCAUGGCCGCGUUCGCCGAGAGCGCCCGCAUCUUCAUCCACUACCUCUCCGCCACUGCCAAUGAUAUGUGCAAAGAAUCAAAGAGGCAGACCAUCAAUGCUGAUGAUGUCCUCAAUGCGCUUGACGAGAUGGACUUUCCAGAGUUUGUAGAGCCCCUUAGGACCUCACUGCAAGAGUUCAGAAACAAAAAUGCAGAUAGAAGGUCAGAAGCAAACAAAAAGCAAAAGGAAAAGAGAAGGAAACUAAAUGAAGAGCCUCAUCCGCAGAACGAAAAUGAUCCAGUUGAUGAUGCCAAGGAGGAUGACGAUUAGCUCUGCAGAAGUGAUAGUUACAUGCGGAAAACCAACAUAUGUUAGUGUUUAUGUUGUAAGUUGUAUGCUCUAUGUGCUCCAUGUUACCUCAGUACUGCAACACUUUCUGUAGACUUGAUAGGGAGCUGUAUAAUUCAAGUGCCCAGCUGCUAUCAGGUUCCGACUCUGUCUGGUGGUGCAAUUAGAAUUCUGUUCCUGAUAAUGUUUUUCUGAAUGACAUCAGCAAUAUCUUGGUUGCAAAUUACUGGUUUUAUUCAACCACUAGUUGAAUGCAUCAUAUCUCGUUUAAAUGUUCA